CAAUCACGAGACGCAAUCGAGGGAGAGUUGAGAUGUAUGAGACGUCGAGUAUGGAGCAUAAAAAUAAUGAUAUGCAGGUGGGAAAUGAACCACAAUAAGAUGCUCACAUUUCUUUCUUCCUGUCAAAUCAUUCAUCCAUACUCACAGUAUUAGAGUGAUUUAAUAAACUUUUCGUGGAACAAAGUGAUUAAAAAUGCAUCGAACCACACCCUCCUCCACUAAAACCACCCCUUCUCCAUCUGCAUCCCCACCCUUAAAAAGAAAGAAACUGCAAUCCAGUCCCUCACAUAAGAAAGGAUGCACAAUUCUUCUCACAGGUCUUGCAAAGGCUGGGAAAUCCACAAUUUCUGAUGAGUUGACCCAGAUGCUAAAAAGUAGUGGAAUCCCUGUCAAACAGUUUGAUGGAAAAAAGAUGAGAGCUGGACUCUGCAAAGAGUUGGAUUUGGCGAAACCACACCACCGUUCUUCUUUUGUUCACCUCGUCAGUGAACAUGCAAAAGGAUUCACGGAGGAAGGCUUCAUCUCCAUAAUUAGCAUUGUUGCACCUCUUGCGCGAGAUAGGGAAAAGGCAAGACUGUCCCACCAAGAGUCAAGUUUGCCAUUUCUGGAAAUAUUUGUAGAUCGGUCAAGAGACGAAUGCGAAAGAUUGACGGGAUUAUUGAGAAAUGUUUUAAACAUUGGUGCACCUAUUGAUGCCGACUAUGAACCACCCACCACUCCUGAUCUCCAUGUCAAACCCAGUGUGAGGAGUACGGUGUCGAUGUGUAAUGACAUAAUUGAUAUUCUUGUAGCGAAUAACAUUAUCCCACGACCACCCGUUUCACUUAUGCUUCCACCACUUUCUCCUGCUUCUCCAAUGCCACCAAGUCCAUCUCCCUCUUCGAAUUAUGACGGAUCAACUACGGCAGAGGAUGAUGAUGAUGAGGAUAAUGCAGAGGAUGAUGAUGAUGAGGAUAAUGCAGAGUAUGAUGGGGAAGGAAAUGUCAUCAGUUUCAAAUUCAAGUUGCCAAAGAAGGGAUCUUACCUCCGUGCGAUUUUCAACUACUGUAAAGAAGAAAUUAUUAGGAGGAGAAAGCUGCAAAACAAUCAUGCAGAAUUGAAGGAUGAAGAUGUAGAUAAGGAUGCAAUGUUUCUCAUAAUCAUGAAUGAAUGGACGGAACAUUAUGAGACAAAUGUUGGCAAAGAAAGGUUCUUUCCUGUGGAAAUUCCACACCCAACAAAAAAGCAGAAAAACAACACUCCUACAACCACACCCACUACUACUCCCAAGAAAGGCACAACAAUGCCAGAAAAGAAGAAAAAGGAAGAGGAUUUUAUUCCACUUUAUUGGGAUGGAACUACAAUCAAGUACGGCAAACUGGGGACGAAAUACACUCAGCCCCGUAAAUUUAAAUGUGCACACUGUUGGCAGAACAAACUUGACUGUGCAGCCCAUUCCUCUACAAGAAUUAGCAACUUUGCAGUUUUGACGGAUGAGAAUGAAACGACGCUCAAAUGUUAUGCUGUCUUGAAGCAAACGACGAUCAAGAAAACUGGGUGGAAAAACACUGUGGUACAAAACAUUGCGAAAUGUCAUAACAUGACCAUGCUACUCCACCAUUUGACAUCCCACCCCAAAUCCAAUUUCUCCGAGGUAUACGCCAAAUCCAUGCUUCACUCUUCACUAACCAAACUGCCAAUUCUUCAUACUGCAAAAUUAUCAACCGCUCUAAUCUGUCUAUUCCGAAACAGUGAAAGAGUAGAAAACGGUGCCGAAAUCCAACCCCACGAGUUACUUCAAAACCGUAUCGACAUGUUUUCUGCCAAUUUAGAAGUGCUGGAAAGAACUUUGUCUGAAAACGGGAUAACUUUCACCGUGGGUGAUGAAAAAGAAGAGCAACCUUCCAACUCUACACUUGUGAAUGAGACUAGUUUCUCCUGGAAUUUACCCUACGUUUAUUGUGGAACCGAGUCCAACAAUCAAAUUAGUAUUGGAUUGAAAGUUGCAGUUAAGGGGGCUGUUCACAGUAAUUUCACACAUGGCGAUUCAUUCACAUCCGGGCCUCUUUAUCAAACCACCUUGACACCUGCUCAGAUUGAAAUUGCUAAUUUUGUCCAACCCAAUACUCCUCGAGAUGAGUGGACACCUGAACAAGUACAACUAUCUGAUGCACAACCACUCCUUCGUAAAGAAGUUGAAGAUGAUUGUACUAGAAAGGAGGCAUUGGGAAUUACAACCCUCGUCAUUGCACAGAUGAAGGGACUUUCUCGGAAUGGCAUCCCAAUUAUUCGUGACAACAGGAAAUAUGAGCAUAUCAACACUGCUGAACCAGGGGAUAUAUUGUACAUACAAAAAGUGUUCAACUUUUUAACAGGCCAAUCCCUCACUAUUACUGUUUCUCAUUCCAAUAAUACAAGUUUCAAGGAUGCGUUUUUUAAGUGAAGUAUUAUUUAUAUGAAUUGUUAAUAAAAUCGACCCUUACCGAUAAAACGGGGUCCAAACCUGUCAA